AUGCGCGCCGCGCUGGUCGCUACUGCGCUAGCCGCCUCCACCGUCUUGGGCAGCCAAGUGACGAGCGACGGAUCGCUAAAGUCUGCCACGACCAGCGCAGUCACAUCCUCCUUGUUCGGCACUACAACACGAACACAUGAUGCCAACGCCCCAAUCACCAAGUCCCGCUGGACCGAGACUAUCGGAUACACCACAGGAACUUGGUUCAACGGUAUUAUUGAGUUGCGCUCAGCCUCCACGACCAACACCGCCAAGAUCACGCAGACAAUGUAUGAUGUCCUGUCGCAGAGAGUCAUUACCAACGCAGUCCCCGCUGAGCCCAUGGCCGAGGGUCCGUACUGUGCCAGUAAAGGUAUUUGCGUCCUACCGCCAAGCUGCGUUGUGAGCUUUCCGGGCUAUGUUUCUUGCUUCAACUCCCGCGAAGAUGACUCCACUGAAGUGACGAGUGUUCACGGCUCCGAGACUCUGGUGUCGACCUUCGGCGCCGGACGUCUCGGAGCGAGAGAUCUGAUCAUGGCUGAGUCUGCUUCAGUCUCGCCUUGGUUAAGCUCCUCGGUCGCUUCUGCUUCGGCGCUCGUUUCGGUACCGGCAGGUAAUGGCAGGCUGCCUGCCACUGAGACCGUCAGGCCGCUUUAUCCGGAGUUGGGCUGCGUCUACACCGAACCAAGCUCGUUCGCGAUGGCUAUACUGCCUGUAGGCCAAGGCGAACAUCGGUUGGUCAAGCCGACCGUUCACACAACACUCAGCGCCAAUCUUGUCCACAUUUCCAACGGCAUUUUGUACGACCAGGACGACAAGGUCGGUUACAUCGCCGUAAACAAUCAGUUGAUGUUCAGCGACGACAUCCCAACCACCGGAAAGGGAGCUGGUGCGUGGGCGGUCUGCGGUGGUGUUUUGACGUUUGAGGGCUCCGACCUGUUCUGCCAUUUUGUCGAUGUUCAGGGGGCCGAGAUCUAUCGCUAUACGCCAGCAUGCACUUGUGACGAGUGCAAUAUCGUCCAGCUGUGCCUGGUUGAGCGGAUCGUGCUUUCGGAAGCGAGCACUAUGUCGCCGGCUGCUCUUGGUGGUCUUCCAGCUUCCGACUCUGGCAAUCUUGCUGCGACUUUAGACACGCCACUCGACUACAUGGAGGACGCAGCGUCGGAGCUUUCCCAAGGCUGGCAACAAGUAGUCGAUCUGCUGCUUGGUAUGAAACUGCAGCCAUACACAACCGGCCAUGAGCUUGCGUUCGAGCCGGAAAUCCCAUUAAGACGUGACCUCCUCCGCCGUCAGAAUGACCAGUCCUCAACAUCCUCGACCGCAACCGAAGUAGUAAGCGUCGUUUAUGUCACUACGGUCGUGACCGAGAGUUCUACCUUGAUGGCGGAAUAUCCAGUGUCGGCGUGCACCAGCGCCAGCGGUACCAUCGCAUGCGUCCAGGCGUUCGUCACGUACGCGCCGCCUCCGCCAGUAACCGAGUCGACUCAGAGCGUCUCCUCAGCCUCUGACGCCGCCUCCACGAGCACGGUUUUUCUUUCCACGGUGACGAAUCCGCUCAAUCCCACGCAGACUCUUGUCAUCACCAACACCACCGAGCUGAACCCAAUGAUCAAUAACACUUCCAUUUACACGGAGCCUCAUCUUGACAUCUCGACAUUCAGCAUGAGCGUGAUAGCCUCGAAAAUGACCUCCAGCGUGUCCGUCACGUCGAAGACUCUCCCUAGCGAGCUGCCUACGUCGAAGAGUACCACCAAUGAGAUCAGACCAAGCGCCACCGCUGUACCGCCGCGAGGUAGCACGAACAGCUUUCUUGGAGGUUUCACGGCAGCGGCGACCAGCAGUAUCGGCCAUGGCCUAGGCUCAGGAGCUGCGGGUAAUGUGAAGAUGCCUAGUGCGGAGAGCAUGGUGGGCGCAGCGGUGGCGUUCCUGCUGUGCUUUGCGGUAGCAUGGAUCCUACUUUGA